CCCCCCACGCCCGCCUUCCACUUGGUGCGCUCCAAGAUGGCGGCUCCCAUGGUGCGGUGUGGGAUGCUCCUGGCUCGGCGACUAGACGCGUCUCGCCUUUGCCUCGCAGGUAAAAGAUGCCUGCUUUCUGCAGCGUACGUGGACAGCCACCAGUGGGAAGCCAGAGAGAAGGAGGAAUACCAUCUGGCUGAUCUUGCAUCCUUAAUGGACAAAGCGUAUGAAAGAAAAUUGCCUGUUAGUUCUUUAUCAAUAUCACGGUUUGUGGACAACAUUGCAUCCCGAGAAGAUCUAGAUUCUGCAGAGUACUAUCUUUACAAAUUUCGACACAGUCCCAACUGCUGGUACCUAAGAGACUGGACCAUCCACAGCUGGAUUAGACAGUGUCUGAAAUACGGAGCACAAGACAAAGCCUUGUAUACACUUGUUAAUAAGAAAUCAAGGCGCUCUCCCUUCUCUCUGGUAAACCUCACUCUAGAGGAUUCCAUGGGCCAUACAAGAGGAACUAGAAUGAUGGAAUCUAGCUGGAAGGAAAGAAGUAGUGGAGAUGAGUGCCAUGUUCAGUAUGGAAUUUUUCCAGAUAACUUUACAUUCAACUUACUGAUGGAUUAUUUCAUAAAGAAAGGAAAUUACAAAGAUGCUUUAUCCGUGGUUUUUGAGAUCAUGAUGCAAGAAGCCUUUGACGUGCCGUCCACCCAGUUUCUCUCCCUCUAUGUUUUAUACCGUUGCCUAGCAGAGAAGACGGAGCUCACAUGGGAAGAAGAAAGAGACUUUGGGGCGUCCCUCUUGCUUUCUGGCCUGAAACAAAGGAACACAGUGGGCCUGAGUUCCCAGCUGUAUGGCUAUGCACUUCUCGGGAAGGUGGAACUGCAGCGUGGGGUGCGGGCUGUAUACCACGGCAUGCCUCUGAUGUGGACACCAGGCUACCUCGACAGAGCCCUCCAAGUGAUGGAGAGGGUGGCCUCCUCCCCUGAAGACCUCAAGCUGGGUAGAGAAGUGCUCGAUGUGCUGGAUGGAGUCCUGAAGGUGGUGACGUCUCCAGAUGUCCAGACUUCAGAGGCACAGCCUCAGGAAGGUGAAGAUGGCUUGGGCUCAGCAAACCUGGUGGAGCAGCUAGACACUGAGGAACCAGAACAGUCCAAGCUUCCCCGAUACCUCGAGCGCUUUCAGGCCUCUCGGUCUAAACUGCAGGAGCUGAACAGAGUUGAGUCUGAAAGUCUUUUGACUCUGACCACCCAGCUUGUAAAAGAAAAACUCCCCGCCUGUGAGGCCGAGGACCUGGCCACCUACGAGCAGAAACUCCGUGAGUGGCACCUGGAGCGGGUGCAGUUGAUCCAGAGGGAGCAGGAACAGAGGGAGAAGGCCAAGCAAGAGUACCAGGCGCUGAGUGCGGCAGAGAAAGCAGCCUGAAGUUCUGUGAGCCACCUCAGUGUUCAGCCAGGACAGCAUGGGGCUCCGCCGCUACUGUCCAGUUCUUUUCUUACAGGAAGCUGUGCAUAGCCUGAAAACAAGGAUGGCUCUAUGCCAAGACACUGUCUGCCCAUCUAGAUGUCAAGGGCCCUGAACUAAGUGACAAACGGUUGGGCUGAAGCCCCCACACAGUGGAGUCCUGGGUGCAGACUGGGAAUAUCGGGUGAGCGUGACGGGAAGCUAUAGCUGAAGGGUCGGCUCUGCAGCACGGGUGUUUGAAUGAUUUCCUGCCCUUGGCCAUGUGCAUGGAGCACCGAGCUUCAUGACCAGGUGCUGGUAGACUCAGAACCACCCACGUUCCAGAACCGGGUGCUUGCUCCUUUCACCCGCUUCCAGGACUCAGCACCAGUGGCCACAUGACCUGCUGUCAGUGUGACACAUUUCCACUGUUAACACUGGUCUCAUAUUCUCCCUGUGCAUAUGUGCCAUAUAUAGCUGGCACCUUCAUGGUCUGUCCCCUUCCCAUCACUGCUCAGAAGCAGCCUUUUGUAUACCUGCCUCCCCAAUAAAUCCUACCCAUGUGG